CUAGAGGCACUGUAUUCAAAUGUUCAAAUUUUCAGAACGUCUGUUCUUGUUCUGUUAUAUAGAAAUACCUUGAGAAAUACAUUGUGUUUGAAAACAACAAUAUCAAAUAUUUUAAUCAUUACAAUUUGAGACCUACAUCCAACUAGAUUUUCUAGCAUACUGUUAACAUUAUGAACAAGAUAUCCCAUUCCAAAGCAAGGUAUUGCAUACAAUCAGAACAACAUCCUUUCCAAACAUCACUGGGACUUUGUUCCUUAAUGGAACAUCAGAGUUUAGUUGACAUUGCCGUUUGUUGUGGCAAUAACAUUCUCCAUGCCCAUAAAAUCGUUCUAGCAGCAAGUAGCCCUUUAUUCAGAGAAGAACUUGAGAGGAAUCCAGGCAUUGAACAAGUGAUAAUAUCUGGCUGUGAAUUCACUGUCAUCAGGUGUCUGAUAGAGUUCAUGUAUUGUGGUGAAACUGUGAUACCUGAUGAUCUGGUGAGGUAUCUGGUGGCAGCUGCAAAACUGUUUCAGAUGAAAAGUUUGGAGAAUCUGUCAAUGGACUGCCAGUUUACUUCUGGUGAGCUGCUCGUGCUACCAAAACCCCAGUUCCUUUCCAAGAAACCCAAGUACCCAGUCUAUCCCUUCACACCGAACGCCACUCUAAACUCCACCCCGAAGCCACCAAACUACACCUUGAACAGCCUGUACAAACCUGUCAAACCCAAACGCAAAUAUCGCUUCGAAGCUGAACACCAAGCUUGCGUCAAAGAAGCCCAAGCCAGCAUCCUAGCCAUAGCUAACCUCAAAAAGGAAAUCGCAUCUGCUCCCCAAGCCAACACUUUCAUAAUAGAAGAAACUUGCACUGAAACCACUGUGGAGAAUUUCAUUCCUCAUGCAGAGAACCAAAACUUCGUGGAAAUGGAUUUUAACAAUCUGUCUAACCCAGUGGUUAACUUGAGCUCAGAGGGUGCCAAAUCCAAUGUCAUCCAGCUGACGCUGCAAAACGGCUUGCAGGGCUUAACAGCUGACAAGAUCAAGACCAUAUUGGGCAACGAUACCAAUGCCAACGUGGAAAUAAUGUUCAAAACCAGCGAUGGUAACUUCGUUACUGUCACUGACGAGGUUCUGCAGAAUCUGCAGAAGGACGGGCUCCAGUACCAGGUGAUAGAUGAAGAUGGACGAAUGGGUGAAAUACAAGAAUUGAAGCUGCUGGCCAAAGAACACUUGGAAAAGAAUCAGAAGGCUAGGAGCUUGCUGACUGGGGAAAACGUUCCUGGUCCUUCGAGCACUUUCAGUUAUUUGAGCGAAGGAUCCAUCGACAUGUCUUCUAGAACUUUGACUGGCAGCAGUCAUGGGGAUGAUCCGGCUGAUAUGGUGGAUUUGAACAACCGGGAGGUCUCCAUCAGCUUGCCUGACGUCAAACCUCUUUUUGGUGUGGGAUCUUCUCACAUUCCUGAUGGGUUUGAGGUGGUGCCGAAUUUUUUUCCGGCUGGUGUUUCUGGUGAUGACAGGGGAGAAGUGUCUUCUAAUCCGGGGUUGAAAUUUUCUCCGGAUAUGUUUUUCGCGGAUCAUGACGUAGGUUCUGGAGAGUCCGAUCAAAACCAGGGGGCGUGUCUUGAUGCUGUCAACGUCAAUGAAUGAUUGUAGGCGGGGUUUCAUCAUAUACGUAUUAAGGAACAAUAUGAAUAAUCUCUGUUUCCAUAGCGCAGUAGAAAGCCGUGUUUUAAGGACAAAUGAUGAUCCAAAUGCGCAAGUUCAAAUGACAGACACAUCAUCGUGACAUCUAACCUAACAUGACAUUCAUUGAUAUUUAUGCACAAAUAUCUAAAAUACCUCCUAUUCCAGUCUCAUCUUUCAGUAUCCUAUGAAAUAUUUGUUUAUAUCAUUGCUUUGACAGGACGAGUUCGUUGAAAAUGCUGCAGCUUGGUUAUCAUCAGAUGGUAUCGGCAGGUUACACUUAGCAGGUACACUUAUCAAAUAAUCAAUUAAUAUACCUUCUACUUAUGGGGCAUAAAAAAAAUAUCAAGAAUUGAUGUGAACAUUCCUUGUAUUACGACUACUGCAAUAUAACCACAUUUACAAAUGGGCUAGGAUGACUAUUUCAUGUUGAAUAUGUAAUGAUCAAGUGUAAUUCAAGUAUUUCAGACAGGGUUAUUGUAAUAUAAAUGGAAAAUUACUCUGGAAAUUGAUAAUAUCCAUCAAAUCUCUGCUCCUAAACAUGUCCGCGAAACGUAAACAAAAUAACAGAAUGACAUGACCUUAUGAAACGAUAAAACACUCCUUUGAUUCAGAAGCUGGUGAAAGUCACCAAAUCCUCUUGGAUAAUCAUUUGUUUGUCCAUAUCUUCAGCUUCAACCUGGCAGCCGUUGUUAUCCAUAUUGUUAAUUAUUAAUACGUAUAUGGUAUUCAUGUGUUUCAAAUGGUGUUUUCAGUUUUCUAUCUCCAUUAGUAUUUCAAUAGGUUAGGCCUUUAAGUUUGACAGGAACAAAUAUGUUUCAAUAGUUUGAUGCUUCAAUUUCUUAUCCAAAUCAUGUUUGUUUGUAUUUCAUGUGUCAUUUAUGAAUAAAUGAUAAUUGAGAAAUCUAAAAACGACUUAUGUGGAUUGCAAACCAAGAAAUCUCCAUUAACUCUACCCGA